AUGCUCAAAUAAAAUUGGAAGUUGGAUAGAGUUAAGCGAUUGUUUUUUUGGUAUUUUAUUAAGUUUAUUUUGAAUAGUUUGGAUUAAGUAAUUUAUAAUGGUGUUUAUUAAACUAUAAAAAAAAUUCGUAGAUGGGAUAUUGCUUUUAUAUGUGAAGGUUGUUGA